AUGACCAAACUUUUGAUUCUACUAAUAACAAUCACAAUAUCGACCGAACCAGAAGCCGGAGCCUCGACCGUAUUCCGCCGGCCAGUAGUCAAUUUUGGAGAAGCCAAAAGUGGCAAUGUUUCACAAACAGCUUCAGAAUCUUCUACCAAGUCUUUUCGUUUCGACCGGUCAAGAAGUUUUGGGUCAACAACUCCAGAACCGAUCGAAAAAAAGGAUGGUACUACAACAUCUAGUGGAAGUUCAAGUGGACCCAAAUUUGAUAGCGAUGACUUGAAAAAAGCCUUGGAUGUAGUGUUAGAAUACAGCAAAUUCAACAACUUUGAUGAAGUGUUUGAUGCCAUUUCGAAGAAUUCACCGAAAUUUUACAAAUUUUUGGAAAGUCAAGUGGAUGGAUCAGUUCAGGAGUACGUGAAGUUGGCCAAUCGAAUGAGCCCUAAUGCCUCGGAUUUCUUGAAACAGGUAUGAUUUUUGAAAAAGAUAGGUCAGGUAUUACCUAAAAAUUAGUUUUUUUUUCAAUUUUGAAAAAAAAAUUUUUUUUAUUUUAAAAUUUUUUACUAAAAAUUCCACAGGGGGGGGACCCUGUUGAAAAUUUUGCUUUUUUACAUUUUUGAUCGAUCCAUUAGUUCUUUCGCAGUACUAUUAAGAACAAAAAUUUUUUUUCGAUAGCUAAAAUUAUUAAUUUUUCAUUUUUUAAAUUUAAAAUUAAAAAUUUUUUUGCUUUGCAGGUAUUCUUAUCAACCGCGGCCUACGGAGUGGAAAUCAAGAAGCAACUAAAACAACUGCCAGAUGAAAUCAAAGAAGAAAUCUUUGGGUAUUACCCAAAAAUCACCAAUUUCUUCAAAUGUAAGAUUAGUUUAGGCAUGAUUUUUGGAAUUUUUAAAAUUUCAUUUUUUCAAAAAAAAAUUUUUUUAUCUGAUUACCCUACCAUAAAACGCCUCAUUUUACCUUACUCUUCUCUGUCAUAACCUACCUUACUCCAUUCUGCCCUAUCCAACCCGAAUAUGCCCUACUUUACUCUUCUCUAUCUUGCUAUUUAGCACCCAAGGCUACUCAACUUUUUACCCUGCUCUACCAUAAUUUACACCGCCCCAAAAAUUUUUCAAAAUUUUGAAAAAAAGUUUACAGAAACUCUCCCACUGAACGUAUUUUACCUUUUCAGCCAAGUUAUUUGACUCAAUCUUCUACAAUGUUCGUCUGAAGGAAGCUUUGGACAAAGAAGCGGCCAAGAAUAUUACAGUAGUUCAACAAAUCGCUCGAUUUAGACACGAAAACCCUGAUCCUUUUGAUCAAUUCGAAGACAAUGCUAUGGAAAAUGAUAAUGUUGAUGACUUUGACUCAUUCGAUGAAUUCAACGAUGAUUCAGUGGACCCCUUUGAUGAGUUUGAUCAAGACGAUGAUGACAAAGAUAAUAUUGAUAAUUUCGAUCCUUUUGACGACUUUGAAGAUGACAACAUGUAUGAUACUGACGCUGAUGACUUGUAUAAUACUGACGACGAUGAUUUGUUUGACACUAACAAUGAUGAAGACGAUUUCGAUCCUUUGGGUUCUCCUGAAGACGAUUUUGAGGGAAAUACUGUGUAUCCCGAGUAUGAUUAUUAA